GCCACAGCAGCCAAAGACUUGGACUUUUCUCCCAUUGUUUUGCAACAUUGGACUUGUUUUGUCAGAGUGAGCAAGUCACUCCAUCUCCGGGGUCUCGAAUACUUCACAAAAUGUGUAUCCCUAUGAGAUAUGUGCAGCAGAGCAAGCCGCUGUCGCGCAUGAGGAAACUCGCUGUGGAUAUCCAAUGAAUGGGAGUCAAAUUCCACCUCCGUUAGUCUCUGGUUCAGCUCCAGACGAACUUGGGUGAGACUGUGCGCAAGACGUCCUAAGUCAUUCGCUCUGGGUCUCUACUAAUAGAAAAAGACUCUUGAAGAAAUUCGUUCAAAUUAGUUAGCAGGAAAAGUUAGCAGACACAUCACAGUUAUUCCUCCGUAAACACAAGGAAUCGCGAUGGAAACUGUGGAAGAGGUUUGGACAUACUGACAGAGCACAGCUGAGGACAAAGACCUGUAAAACAAGACUUUCUCAUUGCUUUGUUCUGAAAUGCCAGAGGAACUCUCCAAAGACACAAUGAGAGUGCCUGCAGCCGGAGAUCGCAUUCUAGCAGAGAAGACCAACAAUAAUGAAAGCGCCCCUGUGCCUGUCAGUACCACAGGAGUUUCAGUGCCCCUGGUCAAUGAAGUCCAGCUCACUGCAGCCACUGGUGGGGCGGAACUUUCCUGCUACCGCUGCACGGUACCGUUUGGAGUGGUCAUUCUGAUUGCCGGGAUUGUGGUCACUGUAGUGGCAUACAGCUUUAACUCACAUGGGUCCACAAUAUCCUACUUCGGACUGGUGCUUCUGUCGUUCGGCCUGGUACUCUUGGGCUCCAGCGCCAUAUGCUGGAAGGUGAGGAUGGAGAGGAAGAAGGAGCGGCGAAGGGAAAGUCAGACGGUGCUGGUGACCAACCACAGAAGCCUCUUUGCAUGAGACCAUAUACAUUUGACCUCUAUAGGAGUAUGUGCCAAAAAGGGACAAAAACAAUUUACAAGUAACAGAGAGGGAAUGAGGAGGAACCAGCGAGAGGCCGUAAAUUGAUGCGGAUUGAAUAGGGUGAAGAAACAGUGGUUGUGUUCCUCUGUCCAGAUGUUUCAACAUCACUGACUGGUGUCAACGUGGUGGGCCUGGCUGACCCAUCUGGCUCUUACCACAGUCCCAUGUGAAGCCUCUCACAUGCUGACAAGCCUUGGCUUUGAAGAAGCUGAUGGCUGUUGCUUUCCUUUCCCCCGCUCCCUCCCUCCUCCCACUCAUGUGUCAAAAAGACCGACCACAUCUGGGCCGACUAGGAAGGAAGCCAAAGUGGAUGUAUCGAAAUUAAGACAGAGAACCUCAGCGCAAACCCAUGGAGGGGAAGCUGCCCAUUAAUCCUCUGUUGCAUCCUGUGGUUAAGGAUUAAUGAAAAGGGAUGAGGAUUGAUAAACCAGGGAGGGAGAGGGGAGGAUAAAAGGAAAAUCCAAGAACAAUGAAUCAUUCUUCAUUGACUGUGCUACCUUUACAUACACACCUCUUUUGAAGUCUAUCGUUGGGUUGACACCCUCUCAGUGACUUGUGCAUUUACCGGAUAUGGAAAUAUGGUACUAAUAGUUACAUACACAUUAAUGAGAGGCUGAUGCUGCAAUAGCUAAAUGGGCUGCAAGGAUUAGAUUUUGAUAUUCACUCUGAGUACAUACUUACAGUAUCCUAUGAUUGUAAUACCAGACACAUGGCACGAAUGAAGUGCUUUCCAGAAUUGUAUACUCAUUGUAGUUGAAUUAGAGUAUUAUUAUUAUUAUUAUUAUUAUGUAUUACUCAAUUGUACCUGUCUCAGAAGUCUCAAUAAGCACUUUUGGUCUAUUUUAUUAACUUCAUUAGCAUAUUCUUUGAAAUAUGAUAGAUUCUGAAUCAACACAGGCUGUUUGGUGUUUGCUAAAUUUUGUAGUAUUACUCAUAUUGAGGGUUAUAAAAGUCUUUAUCACUUUAUUCCAAUUAACAGUUAUUAAUGUUGUUAGUAGUAUUAUUAUUGUAACUACUAUUGUUAUUGUCUAAGUUCUGUCUUAAUUCAGUUAUUCAG